CACGUGACCUGACGUCAGCGGAAGUGUGUGUUUGCUUUGUUUUGAGAUGUGGGGGAUAGCAGGUGCUGGAAGAGCCGGUGCGUCGCUGUUGUUGAGGCGGGUUCCCAGACUCGUGUCCGCUCCCUGCGCUGCAGGAUGGAAUAUUUGUUUGAGGUUCGCGGCCGGGGUCCAGACCGGGGUCCAGACCUGGGUCCAGACCUGGUUCCAGAGCAGAGCAUACGUCCGCACACAGCCGCACCAAACCCCAGGAAAACUUGUGCGGAUUGGAGAAGAUAAGAAAGUAGUGAUCUGUGUUGAAGGGAACAUUGCCAGUGGGAAGACGACAUGUCUGGAGUAUUUCAGCAAAACCAGCAACAUAGAGGUUCUUACAGAGCCAGUGUCUAAAUGGAGGAAUGUCCGUGGACACAACCCUCUGGCUCUGAUGUACCAGGAUCCCGAGCGCUGGGGAAUCACCCUGCAGACCUACAUUCAGCUCACCUUGCUGGACAGACACUUGUCAUCGAUAUCAGCUCCUGUCAGGAUGCUGGAGCGCUCCAUCUUCAGUGCUAAGUACAUCUUUGUGGAGAAUCUCUUCAGAAGUGGGAAAAUGCCAGAGGUGGACUACGCUGUUCUCAGCGAGUGGUUUGACUGGAUCACCACCAACAUAUCCCUCCCUGUUGAUCUGAUUGUUUACCUCCACACGUCUCCUCAGACCUGCCAUGAGAGAUUAAAGCACAGAUGCAGAGAGGAGGAGAAUCUCAUUCCACUGGAGUAUUUAGAGUCUAUCCACCAGCUCUAUGAAGACUGGCUCAUUAAACAGACCUCCUUCCCGCUUCCUGCUCCUGUUCUGGUGAUCCCUGCUGACCACGACCUCAAGGAGAUGCUGCACCUGUACGAAGAAAACCGGGACAAGAUCCUCGCAGCUACCUGUGUCUGAUCCACAGACAUUUACAUUAAAGCUGCAGUAGGCAGGAUCUUUAGAAAACAGGAAAGUGUUGAAUGUUAAUCCAUAAUUAUGGAGUUUAUCCCUUCAGAUCAGCACAGACGGACACUUCUCCAUCUCUGACAGGCUCCGCCUACAUCGGCAUGUUCGGUUGUGACUGUUCCAUUGAAGUUCAAACCAGUUCAUGCUGUGGCUGAUGGGUGUGAACAGUGUGUGAACAGUGUGUGAACAGUGUGUGACAGUGUGUGACAACCAGGGCCCAAAUGCCAUAGAGUUAGUAUGUUGUGUAACAACCACGACACAAUGUUCCUGCACUAAAGUAGGUGAGGGUGGAGAAGCUUCAGGACAAAGAAACAUUCCACUCAUCCAGAGGUUUGUUUAUGGCGUCAAAUGCUCUGACAUCUAUCCAGUGACUUUUAUACUGUUUUAAGUUUGAUGUUCCUCUGUGUAAUGUGAUGCACAGCCUUGUAUCUCUGUUACAAAGAGGAUUCUUUCACAUGAGUUACUUUUGUAAUGACAACUGAGAACACACACACACAUAUAGUUAUAUUAGAGGGAGCCGUUCACAAAAUCCACGGCUCGGUUCAUAUCAUGGUUUUCAGUUUGGUUGUUUUUUUUCCUGUUUUUUUACACUCUUAAAAAUACCAUGUAUCAGAUCUAUAGCCUAAUAAUUAGAUUUUUUAUUAUCACGCAUAAACUGCUGUGGUAGCAUAUUUGAAGGGUUGCUGCUAGCAUAUUAUACAGUGUUUACAUACAGUUACAGUUUUGUCCACCAACAGUAAAUCUGAAAUGCUCCCACACAGGAGAACCAAAUAUGUGUGUGUGUAUAUAUGUAUAUAUACACGUGUGUGUGUAUAUAUACGUGUGUGUGUGUAUAUAUAUACAGUAUAUAUAUGUGCACCAUUGCUAACAGCUUGUAUUACAAAUACAUGUUUUGCCACAUAAAUAAAAGUGUGUAUGUGAAUAUUG